CCCUACUAGUGCAAAUUAUGUUGUGUAGUGUGCUCCAACUCUAGAUUAAGUUAUUGGUUGAAAACGCGUGUACACUUGAAGAGAAGAGCUGCACUGAAAAGACGCCACAGGUUAGUAAACGUUUAGUCAAUAGAGUUAUAAACAAACACGGAUUCAACCUUUGAAAUAAAGUGGGCCUAUAACAGUUAAGCCAUGACUGCCAAUCAAAGAGGUGUACAACAUCAAAGGGAAUAUUGGGCAGCUCUGUGCCAUGGUCCCCUGGGUGCUGGACCCAGGAAGAACCUCCACUGGGAUGACACAAGUGGGAGGUCCUGCAAGUAAAUGAUUUGCUCCUCACAGAUACAUUUUCAUCCAGUGCAAUGGACAUAGCUUACAUUUCACAUUUAUUAACAUACAUUAUUGCUCACUAUUCCCAAAGAUAUAUCACGCACGAUAUCAUUAGAUAUACUACCAAUAUUGAUUUUCAUGACUCUCAGGGGCCUUCAUACUGUCUGGAGCAGUUGACUGACCUGUCUCAUGAGGAUGAACAAGAGCAGAGGAUGCAUGGCCAGUGUAACAAAUAUAGAAAAAGAUUGGUAGACUCAUGAUGAAUGUUUGAUCUCUGAAGAAUGAGGUAUGUCAGUUGAUAAUAUAUAGUGUGUACAAUUCAAUGUUUGCCCCUUACACAACAAACCCUGGAAGAGGCUAUCCCACUAUCACAACUUACAGAGCAAAGUUCUCACUUGCAAUCAGCAAUAUCUAGUACCCUCUUGUUUGUUGCAUAAAUGUGUCAUAUAAACAAAGAAACUGGGCGUGUGUGUGUGUUUCUGUCUGCUGGCGCACCAGUCUGAGUAUCUGAGUGCAUGCCAGCAUGUCAUUGACGAGCAGGAGGAGGAUCUGCUGGAUUCCACCAAAGACCUGGUCCUUGGAAAAUGAGAGAACAUCUUCCUCCAACACUCCCAAAGGCUGAGUCGGGGACUCUACAUGGGGAAAGAGACAUGCCACUGAGGAAGCUGGUAGAAGCAGAGAUUGAUGGGGUGGCAGUAGCCACACAGUUGACAGCCCUGAAUGAGGCUGAAAAAGCCAGGUGACCAAGAUGGCUGCACAGAUCCACACUGUGGUGGAGAAAGGUCGUGCUGAGACGGUUGGGCUCCUGAUCCGGCCGCACCGCUUCACCUCUGACAACUCCGUCAACAAACUAGAGAACCAGAGACAGAAGAGUAGAACCUGACACAGCCCCAGUCUGAAGCGCAGCAGCUGAAGAGUUCAGUCAAGAAGCUAGAGAGACAGGUGGAAAACUAUAAGAGCAAGGUUCAGAGGGCCCGCUUAGAGUCAGAGGACUACUGCUUAAAGCUGGAGAUCUCAGAGACGAAUCACAGCACCCAGAAACAGCUUGAGGAGUAGGUCCGGGAGUGCAGCAUCCUCUCCAAGCAGCUGGAGCAGCCCCUCAAGGCCAGACAGAGACAGUGUCAACUUGAUCAUUUUGGUUGGACUUCUUCAACUUUUAUGUGGAUCAGAACCUACAGCGGGCUUUAUUCAAAGAGGUUCAGCCAGGCCAGGGCUCUGGACCUGGAGAGUCAGUUGGGACUCAGUAGGACAGAGUUCAGUCAGUUACGCAGAAGCAAAGAGGAUAUGGAAUGAAUAUUCUGGAAUCAGUUGAGGAACCUGAAGGAGAGACUGGAACAAUCUGACUCCACAAACCGCAGCCUGCAGGAUUAUGUUCAGUUUCUCAAAGCUUCAUACAUGUUUGUCGUGUGUUUAUUUACACGCCAAAAUGCCUGCUGAAAGUUUACGAUGGGAUACAUUGGAGGCCUUGAAAAACUCACCAAAGGGAAGACUGAAAUACAACCCAGACUGGCUCGAAAAGGGGGAGGAUAUUUUGUCAGGUUGUAAUGAAGCUCCUAGCUUGUCCCCACUCUCUGGGCUCAUCUUGAAGAGGCUUAACAUGAGCCCUCGAGCGCUUCAGAAGACCUGCUCAUUGGGCUCUGCUUCCACUGACCCAAGCACAGGCCUGUCUGAGGAGGCCCCAGUCUCCUCAACCAGCCCCUUCCCUUCAGCCAAUGCUCAGCCCACUCCCCUCUCUUCUCCACUACUGGUCCCCAGGUUGAAGAAAGUCACAGAGCAGAUUGUUGGUGAUGAGGACAGUGCCCCAGAUGCCAGCAAAAAUCUCAGUCCAGUCACCAACCCCAUUCCUUCUCCCACCAUCUCACUGCUGUCUCCCAGGGCAACUCAAAUGGAAGGAUGUAUACGCAUUUGUGAGGAGAAACAUCGUGCCAAAGCUAAGAUGGAGCUGAGUCUGAGGCAGGAGCUGCAGGAGAAGCUGGUGGCCUCAGUUGCGAGUCGUGAGUCGGAGCAGCUCAAACGCUUUGAGGAGUUGAUGGAGCUGAAGCAGAGACAGGAGGACCAGAGUAUGAGGGACAUGAUGGAAAGAGAAACACAAGAAAGCAUUGGGCGCCAAGAAAAGUUGAAAGAAGAGCACAAGAACAGAAUAAAGAUCCUGAACCUGCGCCUGCGGGAAGCGGAGCAACAGCGUUUGCGGGAGGCGGAAUUUGAGAGGCAGAGACAGGUGGAGGGUAGGGAGAGACUGCGUGCUCUCAAUGCCAUCCAGGAAGAGAUACUUCAACUCAAUCAGCUCCUGGAGCUGGCCGCACCCACCCAGUCAGGCCCCUCCCCUGAUCUCACAUCCUAUAGCACCCGUGCCAACCAGCUAUGCUCCCAGGUGUCAGAGGUGGUGCGCAUGACAGCGGAGGGGGAGUUCCCCAGUGUGGAGGACAUGACUGUGGCAGAGCGGGCACUGCAUGAGAUGAGGUCACUCAUCCGGGUGAUGCAAGAGGCGGCUGCCCAGGCCCAGGAGAAGAGGAAGAAGCAGCAGGAGGAGGAAGAGGAACGCAGGAAGAUGGCAAUGCUGCAGGCCCAGCAGGAAGAGCAGAAGAAGAGUGCAGCUCUGUCAGCCAAAGAGAAGGCACGGAAAAAGGGCCUGCAGACCAAAGCUGAGCAGAGCACCCUGAAGUGGUACCAAGAGCUGCAGGACUCUGCUAACCAGUGUGCACAGUCCUUUGAAGGCUUGAACAACACUAAGGAUAUUCAGACAAAGAAACUAAGAAUGGAGCUCCAGAAGGCAGCCACAAUCCCUGUCAGCCAGAUCUCCAGUAUCUCAGGUUCCAAGCUCAGGGAAAUAUUUGACAAGAUUGACAAGCUGUUGUCUGGGAGAUCAGUGGUAUCCGGAGGGAAGUCUGUCUCCACCUCCCAGCAUCCCAACGGCCUGGACUUUGUCAGCUACAAACUGGCCGAGAAGUUUGUGAAACAAGGAGAGGAGGAGGUGGCGUCCCACCACGAGGCAGCCUUCCCCAUCGCUGUGGUGGCCUCUGGGGUGUGGGAGCUUCACCCCAAAGUCGGAGACUUCAUCCUCGCCCACCUUCAUAAGAAAUGCCCCUACGCCGUGCCCCACUACCCACCUAUGAAGGAUGGCACAUCUGUAGAGGAAUAUCAGAAAAUCUUAGGCUACCGUGUGGAAGAUGGAGGGGUGGAAGCUCAGGACAGCUUUUUGAAGAGGAUGUCAGGAAUGAUCCGCCUCUAUGCUGCUAUGAUACAGCUCAGAUGGCCUUAUGGCUCCAAGCAAGGGCCUGACCCACAUGGGCUGAACAACGGCUGGCGCUGGCUGGCUCAGAUGCUGAACAUGGAGCCCCUGGCAGACGUCACGGCAACACUCCUUUUUGACUUCCUAGAGGUCUGUGGCAACGCCCUGAUGAAGCAAUAUCAGGUUCAGUUUUGGAAGCUCAUUCUGCUCAUCCAAGAGGAGUACUUGCCAAGGAUUGAAGCUGUCACCAGCCAAGGCCAGGCGGGCUCAGUCACGAGGCUCAAGCAGUUCCUGGAGAGUUCAUUAAGAAGCAGGCAGAUCUCUCCCCCCAAAGGCCAGCUGAGCUCUCACUUCUGGAGAUCCUGAGUGGGGGAUGGAAGGAUGGGAAAGAAGGUUUUGGACAUGACGCAUCAGUUGGAUUCAAGGCUGCAUCACCCCAGUCCACAACUCAUAGAAUGCACUAGGUAGAGAAGCUCAGUCUUGAUGUGGAAGUUAUGUUUGCAAUGAUGCACUAUAUCCUGAUCAAUUUGCUUAAUAGUAUGUAUACUUAGUAUAGUUGGCUAAAACCAAAUUAUAACUGGCUUGUAUCGUGACUGCAACAUGAACCAUUUUAUCCAAUCUUCGUGCUAAUCCUACUACAUAGUCAUAUCUGUUGUUUUUCUCCUUACCCUUGAGAACAUUAUACUAAUAGGGUAGUUAUGUAGCUUCUUGCUGUACAGUUAAAGGCUUUUUCCCUGAUUCAGUGUAAUGUGAUUAGUUUGCUUUACCAAAUUCAUAUGGUAUUACUUAUUUUAAACUGAGGGAUUUCUUUCCCUUUUUGUUUCUUUGUAUUUAUCUUUUUUUGACUGCUUUUAGAUCUGAGUACUCAAUCAUGACGUCCCCUAUUCAAGUCAUUUUGUCAGGGUGGUCAUAAUGGAAUGGAAUCCACCAACAUGUUUAUAAUUUGUACAUUGACAUGUAAUUAGCUGUUUUUAUAUAGUGUGAGGUUUGCAUUUACCACUCUGUUAGUGCUGAGCUUGUACCAAACCGUUGAGGCUGCGUUCACAGGCAGCUCAAUCACAGAUCAUAAUUGGGAUGCCUGUCUAAAUGCAGUCUUAGAGUGAAAUGAAUAAUACAGGUGUAACUUGUAAAAUAAUGUACGGUGUUACGGAAUUAAAACCCUUUUUAUUUAACCUUU